AUGGAGCAACCAGCCGAUGAUUCCAUCACUGCUCUCCCCCAGCCGCUGAUAGAGCACAUCUUCUCCUUCAUCCCGUUCAAGGACCUAACCAGGACGAGCGUCCUUUCAAGGAGGUGGAGGUACCUCUGGACUUCCGCCCCGCACAUGUCCUUCGACGAGCGGGGCUUCCGGUCAUCCCACCCGCGCUGGAACCCAUUCAACCUCCUCUUCCUCCACUCAUCCGACUGGUUCGUCGAGCGAGCAAGGAGGGAGGCCCAGGCCAAGGAGCUGUUCAUCAGGAUGGUGAAUCGGUGCCUCUCCCUCAGCACCGAUGCCCUCACCAGCGCCCACAUCCUCUUCUCUGUGAGCCACAGGUCCCAUGCUACCACUCUCGAUCGAUGGGUUCGCUCCCUCCUCAACAAAAGAAGGGUGCAAGAGCUGGACCUCGAUCUUGAUCUGAGCAGGUCGUUUCAUCCAGAGAUUCCUCGAUCUCUCCUGAAACGGCGUCCUCAUGGGCAGCCCAGUUCUCUGAGGACCAUCCAUCUCCGCAACUUGUCUCUAUGGGCAAAUUCUUUGUCUCUGAUGCUCGAGAAUCUGGUGCAUCUUGAGAACCUGACCGCUGAGAACUGCAAGCUGGAGGCUGGUGAGCGGGUCAUCAUCCGCAGCCAACAAUCGCCGCUCAAGAACUUGAGCGUUAAUCGUACCAAUUCUUCCACCGGCUGGAGGAAGGUGCAGAUCGAUCUGCCCAACCUUGUGGUUUUUGAAUACAGGGGCUGCUUUGUGGACUUUGAUCACCUGAACCUGCGGUCUCUGUCGCGUGCAGUAUUCGGCUUUCAUGGAUUGAACGGAUGGCUGAUGCCUCGCCUGAGGAAGGCCGUCGCUGCCAUUCAGCACGUCAAGUCUUUACAACUAUGCGCCACCUCUGUGCGAGUUAUAGGAGACAUUGAAAGGUCAAGGACUUCAGAAGAUUUUCUACUUGGGAACCUGGAAGAGCUCGUCGUGGACAUAGAGACAACCCAGGGAGGACUCUGGUUCUUGUUGGUGCGUUGCCCUAACCUUCAGACUCUCACGAUUCGAGGCUCCAAUGGUGAGAGUUCUCGUGAUACGCCGGCAAGGGGAGCGCUCGAACUUCCUGCUUUGGCAGUCCCUCGCCUCACUUCACUCAAGGUGGAAGACUUUGGAGGGAGGGAGGGAGAACACCGAAUGAUGGAGAUCUUGCUCAAGGAGGCGAGUGCACUGGAGGUCGUCAAAAUCAAGGUCGCCAAUGGGAGAAGCUAUUUUGAGAAGCUCGCGAUCAUGAGGAGGUUUCUGCUGUUAGGCAGAGAGUUUCAGAAGGCAAGGAUCUUGGUCUCGUUGUGA